GGCCAAGCAGGCGGGUAAGGCCCGCAUGCCUUAAACGCCUGGCCUAUUCCCAUCAACACCAUCCUCCAUCAGUUCGGGUGCGGGUAGUAUAUUGCUAGGCGGCUUCAACCACAAUAUCAUCCUCUUCCUCCGCCCCCUCUUCCUUGUUCGCAUAAUCCACAUGACGACGGCCGGACCUUUUCCAGAAGGGCAACGCAAUAUAUUGGUGACAAGUGCGCUACCCUAUGUGAAUAACGUGCCUCAUCUGGGCAAUAUAAUAGGGUCUGUGCUGAGUGCCGAUGUGUACGCGAGGUUUUGUCGCCUGAGGGGCUAUAACGUCUUGUACGUUUGCGGUACGGACGAAUAUGGAACCACCACUGAAGUCAAGGCUAAACAAGAGAAUCUAACACCGCGGCAGAUUUGCGACAAGUAUCAUACGUUGCACAGGAAGAUUUACGAGUGGUUCGACAUCAGCUUUGAUCACUUCGGCAGAACAUCUACCCCAGAACACACCGUGCUUUGUCAAGACGUGUUCAACUCACUGAAUCGCAACAACUUGCUAAAGGAAAAGACAAUUGAGCAGUUGUAUUGUGAGGGAUGCUCAAUGUUCUUGGCAGAUACUUAUGUUCAAGGCAACUGCCCUCGCUGCCUUUUGUCAUGCAAAGGCGACCAGUGCGAGUCCUGCAGUGCGUUUCUGAAUGCCCGAGAUUUAUUAAACCCCAUAUGCACGAUUUGCCAUAGUUCAAGCUCAAGCCUUCUGCUUCGCAGCCGAGACCAUCUUUUUCUAGAACUUGAUUCUGUGAAGGGGGACUUGCAAGGCCAUUUCAAGAAAAUGUCAUUUUCAAAUCAACAAUCAGAAAGGGACACACAGAAGGUUCUUGAUGCCGAGCUCCGGUCAAAGUGCAUCACACGUGAUCUUCAAUGGGGGGUUCCAGUUCCCAUUGAUAAAUUCAAAGACAAGGUUAUGUAUGUUUGGUUUGAUGCUCCCCUCGGUUAUGCCUCCAUAACAAAGUGUCACAUGCUUGAGUGGGAGCUGUGGUGGAAAAAUCCACAAAAUGUCGAGCUACACCAGUUCAUGGGUAAAGACAAUGUCCCAUUUCACACGGUUCUUUUCCCUGCAUAUUUAAUUGGUACUGGGGAUAACUGGACCCUUCCUCACGCGAUACAUGCAACUCAUUUCCUUUUAUUUGGAGCAGGAAAAUUUUCUAAGAGCAAAGGUGUUGGUGUUUUUGGUGAUGAUGCAAUUAGAACUAAUAUACCCGCAGAAGUUUGGCGAUACUAUCUCAUUUCUCUUAGGCCUGAGACAAAUGAUUCUACUUUUUCCUGGGAGGAUUUUCAAGCCAAACUUAACAAUGAGCUUACCAAUAAUUUGGGAAACCUAAUCAACCGCGUGCUGUCCAUUGUUGCCAAGCCCCCUGGCAAAGGAUAUGACUUCACUGUCCCAGAUGUCUGUGCUGUUCUUAGUGAGAUAGACUCUGACUUUGUUGCUAACCUUAAAUGCUACAUGCAAGAGUAUCUCAAAGCCUUGGAGAAGGCUAAGUUGAAGGAUGGUCUAAAGGCUGCCAUGUCUAUUGCGAGUGAAGGAAAUCGAUAUUUCCAGAAAACGGAAGUUUGGAAGAUUUACAAUGAAGAUAGGCUCAGGUGUUCUUUAGUCGUCAAAAUUUUACUGGGAGUUGUUUGCAUUCUUGCAUCCGUGCUGCAGCCAUUUAUGCCGUCAUUUACUAUAGAGGUAUUGAGGCAACUGAACAUGGAAGCUCAUGAGUUUACACUUCAUGACAAAGAUAUUGAAAGGGCUCAAAAGCCAUGGGAAAUUGUUCCUGCUGGCCAUAAAAUUGGGAAGCCAAGUGUUUUGUUUAAAAAAAUGGACAAUAUUUCUCUCAAAGAUUUAGAGAGAAAAUUCCGAGGCAGCCAGACGUGCUAGCAAUCAGCAUGAUAACGCACUUGAAAAUAAGCAAGUGUUAGGUGAAAGGCAAGUAAAGGGAACUAAAUAUUUUUUUAUGGAGCUAUCAAAUGUUAGCUCCAAGUGUCACUGAAAAUAUUGGUGGUGUCUAACGUCCUUCAAAGACUACGAAGUACAGUCUCUACCAAGUGUCAAGGUCUAGCCCCUCUCUAUUGGUAGCAGUAGGGGUAGAUAAGAAAGUCUCGGAUUAGAUAAGAAAAAUUUAGAUCAAACCCAAAAGAUUGAUAAAAUGGCAUGACAUCAUAUAGAUAAGUUUAGAUUAAAUCUGAUUAGAGUAAUUUCAAAUCCAGCCAGACUGGAAACUCAAUAUUGUCAAUUUUCAAUUUCUUUACAAAAUAAUUCGUAUAAGAUUGAAGGCAAGGGUUUGGGCAUGA